AUGGUGGUGGUAGGGAUCUUCCCUCACUCCAUCUCCCCUGGUGGUGAAGUCUACAAGAGGGCGGCGGGCGGCGGUCUAGCCUUGGUGCUGCCAGGAUCUAUCACCCCUACAAAUGGAGCGCCGCCCCCUCACACCGCCGGCCUGCGCCAUGGCGUCCCCGUCCCCGUCCCCAUCCUCUCCCACUGCCCGCCGCCGCAGGCACACCAUCUACCACGGCCACCGCCGCGCCUCGCCGCACCGGCCCACAGUCCGCGGCGGCCUCUUCACCGACCUCCGCUUCCCCUCCCCAAUACCCCGCCCCCCCCCUCCCCCUCCCCCUCCACCGCCACCGCCUUCCGCCUCCGCGACUGGGAUCCACACUCGCCCUCUUCCCCGUCGUCCGCUCCCUCUCCGUCCUCUCCCUCCGCCUCCGCUUCCUCUUCCACAUCCGCCUCCGCGCGCCGCCUCUCCCCGCUCGCGCGCUUCCUCCUCGACGCGCUCCGCCGCCACCAGCGCUGGGGCCCGCCCGUCGUCGCCGACCUCUCCAAGCUCCGCCGCGUCCCACCAUCCCUCGUCGCCGAAGUCCUCACCGCGCGCCCGCCCCCGCCGCCGCCGCUCGCGCUCCCGUUCUUCCUCUGGGCCGGCCGCCAGAAGGGCUUCCGCCACUGCUUCCCGGCCUUCCACGCCCUCGCCUCGCUGCUCUCCGCCGCGGGCCUCCCAGCCGCGGCCGACCAGCUCCCCGACCUCAUGCGCGCGCACGGCAAGCCCGUCUCCCACUCGCAGCUCACCCUCCUCGUCCGCCUCCACACCGCCGCGCGCCGCCCCCUCCGCGCUCUCCACGCGGUCCGCCGCUUCCGCCACGAGUUCGACGUCCAACCCCAGGUCCACGCGUGCAACCGCGUCCUUGGCGCACUGGCUGCUGCGGGCCACGUCGAGGACGCGCUCAAGCUGUUCGAUGAAAUGUCGGAGGGUGGCGUGCAGCCUAUCCCAGUGACGUUUACCAUCGUGGUUCGUGCACUAGCACACGCGGGGAUGACUGAUAGGCUUCUGGAAAUGAUUGGGAGGAUGCGGAACGAGGUGUGCCGGCCUGAUGUCUUUGUGUACACUGCGCUGGUGAAGACAAUGGGGCGGAGGGGGCAUAUGGACGGCUGCAUCAGGGUGUGGGAGCAAAUGGAGAAGGAUGGGGUGGAGCCAGACACAAUGGCAUAUGCUACUAUGGUUGGGGGGCUCUGCAAGGCUGGGAUGGUGGAGGAAGCAGCAGAAUUGUUCAAGGAGAUGAGGAGAAAGGGGUUACUGGUGGACAGGUCGGUGUAUGCAUCGCUCAUUGAUGGGUAUGUUGCUGCUGGGAGGGUUGGGGAUGGGUGUAGGUUGUUGAAGGAGUUGGUUGAUGCUGGCUACCGUGCUGACCUGGGGAUAUAUAACACACUUAUUAGUGGACUGUGUGGCAUAGGUAGGGAGGAUAAGGCCCAUAAGUUAUUUCAGAUUGUUCUGCAGGAGGAGCUUGUGCCAAGUUCUGAUACUGUUUCACCGUUGCUAGCUUGUUAUGCCGAAAAGGAUGAAAUGGUUACAUUUUUUGGAUUGGUCAACAAACUGGCAGAGCUGGGUUUGCCUGUUAUUGAAAUGUUAGUAGAUUUUAUGAAGCUCUUUGCAGGAAAGGAUGGUAGGGAAUUGAAGGCUAUGGAAGUGUUUGAUGUGUUGAGACAAAAACAGUAUUGUAGUGUCGGCAUUUAUAACAUUCUUAUUGAAAAUCUGCUGAAGAUCAAGGAUAGGAAGAAAUCACUUUUCCUGUUUGAAGAAAUGCAAAAUUCAGUUGAUUUUAAACCAGAUUCAUGUACAUAUAGUCAUAUGAUCCCAUGUUUCGUGGAUGAAGGAAAUGUCGAAGAGGCCUGCUCAUGCUACAACACCAUGAUGAAAGAAAAUUGGAUACCAAGUACGUCAGCCUACUGUGUUCUUGUGAAAGGGCUUUGCAAGAUUGGGGAGAUCAACACAGCCAUAUCACUUGUUAAAGAUUGUCUUGGAAAUGUAGAAAAUGGGCCAACUGAAUUUAAAUACACCUUGACUAUUCUGGAAGCUUGCAGAUCAAAAAGCCCAGAGAAAGUCAUUAAUGUGGUGGAUGAGAUGAUUGAAGUAGGUUGUUCAAUGGAAGAAAUUGUCUAUUCUGCUAUCAUAUAUGGCUUCUGCAAGUAUGCAAGUUCAACUGAGGCGAGACAGGUAUUCACUAUCAUGAGAGAUCGAAAUAUCUUAUCAGAAGCCAAUUUUAUUGUCUACGAGGACAUGCUGAACGAGCACUUGAAGAAGGCCACUGCAGACUUGGUGAUAUCUGGAUUGAAGUUUUUUGACCUUGAAUCAAAAUUGAAAUGGAGAAGCAGAAUUGAUUGA